GUUACAUCAACACAACUUUUUUUUUUUUUUUGUUACACUAUGUAACCGGAGCUAAAGCGAGUACAUGUUACGUAUUGUUUGGUUUAGUAAGACAAGGUGGUAAAAGUGUUUAAAUUUCACCUUUUUAUUCGCUUCCAAACGUUUAAGUCACGAAAGUUUGUGGUCGGUUUUUGUCCUCUAACUUCGUCCAGCUCAGCGGUUCUCGUCCCUACCGGCAGCAUGGAACUCGGGGAGAAGCUCAAAGAGCUCAACGUGACAGCGGAUGAAGUCAAGAGGUUUUCAGAAGCUUUCAAAGACGAGAAAUUCAGGGUAAUGCUUCGCGAUUACGCCCGAGAAAUAUCGGACCCCGAGAACAGGAGAAAGUAUGAAGAAGAGAUCCAGAUCCUGGAGCAGGAGAGAGGCAACACCGUCGAGUUCAUUCACCCGAAACCGUUCAGGGCGAUCAAAACCAGCGUGGAUGGCAAGCACAAAUGUUUCAUCAAUAUUUGCUCCAGUGAUAAAAUUGGGAAGCCCGCAUCUGAGUGGGUUGUGUCGGAGGAUGGCCGCAGAGGGCAGUGUUGGUCCCUGCCUCACAGCCUGCACCCUGGGAGGCAAGACACAGAUCCUAAAGGUAACAAAAUGAUGAUUUAUGACGUCGUUUUCCACCCGGACACACUCCACAUGGCAAGCAAAAACAAGAGCUUUCUGGAAAUGGUGGACAGCACGGCUAUUCAGGGAAUUCAGGAUGCUUUUAAAGUGACUCUGGACAAAAAGAACGUGAGAGAGAUGAAAACGAAAUACAAGGGCACCCCGCAGCCUUGUAUUAUAAGAAAACCCAUACCUGGAUUCAAAGCCAAGGGGCCCUCAGACCCACCGGACCCCUUUGCCUUCCCAUACCCAGAUGAAAAAAGACCUAGCACACUGCCUCAAUCAAUACCCACAGAGACACCCAAAACAACAAAAAACAGCAGUGACGCUAAAGCUCAAAGCUUGGAGAAAACCAGAGGGCCAACCAAGCCACACUAUACAGUAAAGUAUAGAUCAUGUAUUGAUCUGCAGGACUUUCGAUGCUCUAGAGACUCGGCCCAAAGCCCCAGGCCCAAAGAGAUUGUGGUAACUGUUGACUUGCCACUUCUUAAGUCGGCCAGAGACACAAGCCUUGAAGUAAAAGAGAAGAAAUUGCUGCUGGAGUCCAAGAAACCAGCCUACAGACUGGAGCUACCAUUAGCCUACCCUGUGGACGAAGACAAAGGAGAAGCAAAGUUCAUCAAACAGAAAGGGCAGCUUAUUGUCACCCUGCCUGUUCUUCCUCAUAAAUUUGAUUUAUUUGCAGGGCCUGCAAAGGAAGAGAGUGAGAGUGAUGGUGAAAGCCAGGAGGACAAAAGUGGGGUCAAAGAGGAGGACAAAUGGAAAAAGAGGGAAGGCAAGAAAAGGGAGCAGGAGGCGUGUGCUGAGGGAAAAGAGGGAAGACAAACAGAAGAUUUGGAGCAGGAGAAAGGAGCAGAGAAAAGUGAAAAAGAGGAAGCGAGAACUCAAGAGAAAGGAGAACAACAAAUUAAGGAAGAAGCGAUUGGUGGAGAGGUGAAAUUGAAGAUGGGAGAAAAGGGCCAAGAAAGUGUGGAGGAGGAAAGAGGAACGGAAGGUCACAAAGGCACAGAAGCACAGGAGGAGGAUAAAUUAAAAGAGCAGAAGCAACUGACAAAGCAGGCCAAUCAAAAUGAAGAUAGCGAAAAAGGCAACCAUCAGAAAUGGAGUGAAGGUGGAUGUGACAGAGCAGCAGAUGAUGAUUCUCAGUGUGAUACUGUCAAGAAAAGAGGCAUUUCUGCUGAAAAAGAAAACUCAGUGGUUGAUGAGGACCUUGCGGCUGAUAAACAGCAGGUUUUAAUCUCUGCUGAACAAUGCCAUGGUGUGACAAAGAAAAAAGUAGUAAAUCUGGCCUCUAGUUUGGAGGUGACACCAAAAACAAAGCCUUCAGAUAACCAAGAGGAGAGCGAAGAGACAAAAUCAAACGCAGCCGGAAAGCUGCAGGUGGAACUGGAUGUUGCCUUUCAGAACCAGACAUCAAGCGACAAAACCCAGAAAGCAGCUACGACUGCUGCAGCGGAGGACUGCUGCUUUCCCGAGAGGGCUGUAACGUCCAGCGAGAUGCCUGCAACAGGUGACGUGAAGACGGCAAGCACCUGCUCUGAAGAGCUCACGGCAAAGCAGGAGAGAGAGGAAAUGGACGAAGAUGACCUCCCGAAGGAGCAAAUCUCACCCAGCUUAGAAGAUAACAGGAAGCCUCCACCUGUAAUACUGAGGGAAAUUGAUGAGGAUGGAAAUGAAAUUGUGAUCACUGAUCAUUCGACAUCAGCAGGGUUCACCUUCCAAAACACUCUGAUGUAUGAGCUGGACUGACGCAUUUGAAUGCAGAAAAAUUGCUCAAAAUUUAAAAACGUGACCUUCCUCUUUGGUUAUUUCAUGCAAAAACCUGAUAAAAAGGGAAAUAAAUCAUUUGGAUACAACAAAACAAAGUAGUUAAAAUGUGAUAAUUAAUACUUUUAUUUAAUCUUUCACAUACAUGUAAAAACUGUGGGUCAUUAGCACAAUAAAAACCAGCUCCC